AAAAAAUUGAUUUAGCAGUGUUUUUACUUUUUCGGUUUUCCUAUUCUUCUUUACAUAGUUUAAAUGGUUAUAAACUACUUAAAACCAAAGGUUUAAACCGAUACUUGCACAAGCUAGUGUUAUUUAUUCAGUUUACAUAAUGUCUGGUGGUAUAUUGAAUUUAAGUUCUAUUUGUCGAUUCUGUCACACCGAUGGAAACUUUAGGAGUUUUACUUUACCAAAUAUUCACAAUGGAAUAAUCGAAUCGUACGGAGAAAUAUUACAAAAAACUUUCAAUAUUACUAUGAUUAUACCUGAGGCGGUGAAUACCAGUAACAUGAUAUGUGAUGACUGUAUAUCGAGCCUAACAGACGCUGCCAAAUUCAAAGACAAGGUUCUGGCUUGUGAGAACAAAUUUCGGGAGUAUGUUAAAAAUGAAUUCUUUACACUGGAUUCUGAUGUCAAGGAUUCUUUCCCCCUAGGUAUCAAAGUUGAAAACAAUGAUGAAAAUAAUCAAACAGGAGUAAAAUUAGAAUGUGAAUUUGAUGAAACUUCGUUAGUAAAAAUUGAAAAAUCAUCAAUCUGUGAAGAAGAUGAAGAUGAUACAUUUGAUCAAGAUAAUAACGAUGAAGGCUACACACCUGAUGAAAAUAUUAUGACUGUUGAAUUAGAUCUUACACCUCAAGAAAAAGAAAUCAAGAAAGGUCAGAAAAAUUCGAUUACGAAUUCAAUGAAAAAGAAGAUCAUAAAGAAAGAGAAUAAAAACGCAGUUAAGAGUAACAUAACAUGUUGUGUUUGUUUUAAAAAUCUGUCAAAAAUAGAAAUGCCCAAACACCUCGAAACCCACAAAGGGUCUUUUAGGUGUAAACAUUGUCAAAAGGAAUUUAAAAAAUAUGAUACCUUAGCAUGUCAUAUCAAAAGGGAGCAUAAACAGAAUCAGAUUAAAAAAUUGUAUACGUGCAAUUUCUGUCAACAAUCUUGCAAGACAGAGAAGAGUCUUUUCAGUCACCUCGACAGACACACUCGUCAGAAGGUUUUCGAUUGCGAUAUAUGUCACAGCAGACUAAAAUACAAGUCUAAAAUGGUUAAACACAUUGCAACACACGAUCCAGACCGACUAGAUAAAAUCCACGAGUGCCCACAGUGUUCCUGGAGAUUCGCCGAGAAAACAAAUUUAAUUAAUCACAUUAAAGCCGUGCACGAGCGUAUCAGGAAUUACCCUUGCACAUCAUGCGCGAUGACCUUCGCAAGCAAGAAAAAUUUGACAGUACAUUUUAGAACUCAUACGAACGAGCGUCCUUAUAAAUGUAAAUUAUGCCCUAAGAGUUUUAGCGUUUUGGAUGGUCUCAAGAAGCAUAAAAGUAGGAGGCAUUCAUUGACAGGUAUUAAGAAAGUUAUAGGAGGCGUAAUGGAAUACAAGUGCAAGAUCUGUAGUGUAAAGUUUGACCACAAAGGUCUUUAUAUGGACCACUUAAAAACUCACCAUGAGGCAUCGUCCGUCUGCGAUCAAUGCGGUUUGGUGCUCUGCGACAGGUCUCUGGCGCGACACAGACUAACUCACGCUCAACCUCGAUUCACCUGCGAUACGUGCGGUAGGAAAUUCAAGUACAAAAUGCAGCUAGCGAAACACGUUAAAAGUCACCUGAAAACAGUUGAAAAAUCAGAGUGUAAAGUGUGUGGAAAACUCGUCGUCCGUUUAAAGCAGCAUCUCCACACACAUAACAGGCGAUUUAGGUGUGCCAUGUGUGACAAGUUGUACUCGGAACGUGCCCAUUUAACGAGACACUUUAAGGAAGUUCACAGUGGUUACAAAUUAUACGGUUGCGACGUUUGUGGUAAAAGAUAUACCACCAAGAAAGGUUUACUGAGGCAUAACCUCAAGUGUAGGAAUAAUUUAUUGAAACUGCAAUAAUUACAUUAAUAUAGACCUCCCUGACCUGAGUGCAGUAUUUACCCCGAUCUUGGCGUGUACCAAAAUAUGAGGUUUUAUCGGAUCUCAAGUGCUUAGUGGAUUUGGACGAUGAAGGAAAAUAAUGCGAGAAAUCAGAAAACCCGCAUAUAGUCGACUGCUGCGGAUUAGGCCACUGCACACAUCCUCAAAACUAAAUAUUCAAUAGCUAUGUCCACACUG